GUGGUAGCGGUGACUCCUUGGCUCAUGCACUAUAUGACACAACGCUCGCGAUGGAAGUCUAACGGACACACCCUUCGCUAAGGUUGGCACAGGCGCGACAACCUUGACAUUCCCUCACACUUCUGUCGGCAAGGGAAUGACUCCCAUAACGAAUGAUUUGGAUCGACUAUACAACUUUUCCCCUUUGAAGACGAUUACUGACACGGAGCGCGCAGGUCAUCCCGUGGAUAAGAAGACCGUGCAGAACUCUGGUCUGAUGGUUGAAACAUGGAGAAACAACCGCUUGUAACGACGCUCAGCUUGUCCAUGAGCCUUCUGUCUCUAAUUCUACUGGUUACCGCUAUUUUCACGGACCACUGGUAUGAAACGGACACCAGGCGACACAAAGAAAACUGUGAUCAGUAUGGGACUGACUCCAACGAUCAGAAAAACAGGGAGAUGCCCAUUUACCACCUGCCGCUAGUUGACAGCGGCAACCCCAGGCGCAACCUUGCUCUGAUGAAACCUAUCCACGUCGGAAGCAGAGAAGAGGAAUUGCUCGAAAAUUGGAGGGCGAUUUUGGGAAUGGGGAUUUUGGAGACGGAGUGUGGGAGACCGCUGUUCUCCACCUAUUCUGGUCUGUGGCGAAAAUGCUACUUUCAGGGUAUUGACCGGGAUAUUGACAAACUCAUAUCAAAAGGUAUUGCAGAUCAGUGCACUACUGUAAAGUAUCACUUCUCCCAGCCCAUCCGGCUCAGGAACAUCCCUCUGAACCUCACCAGGACCAUCCAGCAGGACGAGUGGCACCUCCUGCAUCUCCGGCGAAUCACAGCAGGAUUCCUGGGGAUGGCAGCUGCCGUGCUGCUGUGCGGGAGCAUCGUGGCGACCGUGGGCUUCUUCUGGGAGGAGAGCCUAACCCAGCACGUCUCUGGACUCCUCUUCCUCAUGGCAGGAUUUUUCUGCUCCGUAUCCCUGUGCACCUACGCAGCAAGCGUGUCCUAUGAACUUUCUCGAAACCCACCUUUUAUCUACGGUCUCCCUGGCGACGUAGACCAUGGCUACAGCUGGUCCAUCUUCUGUGCUUGGAUCAGCCUGGGUCUCAGUGUGGCCUCGGGGUCUCUCUGCACCACAUACCCCUUCGUGAGCCGCACUAGGGCCCUCCGCUCCAAAACCGCCCGGGAGUCUUCAGUAUGAGCCGCUCCUGGUUCACAUGGGGACCCCUUACAGCCCAGCUCCUGUGGCCAGUGAAGAUGGAACUUUGGAAUACUCACGUCAACAGUUUGAUUUAAUCCCUCAAAGUUUAACAUAAAAUGUCAAAUGUUUCCUGCAGGAGAUUGGAAUCCCAGCCUUGGCAUAGUGUUGGCAGGCACAAGUCCGUCAUGUAGUAUUACUCUACACAUUAAGGUGUUAAGUGCAGUGUGUUAGUGUUACAGAAUGUCAUCUAAGGCAUAUUAAUCUAUGUAUGUCAACACAAACGCCCUCCCAGCACACACAUAGUGUACACACAGGCAUUGACUUUGAUUCAAGAUAAUGUUUAUGUAAAAAAAAAAAAAAAAAAAAGACAACCACACAUAAAGCAUUAUGAGUGGGUAUAUAUGGGACUCUUAAUAUGAAGCCAGCUGUGGUGGGUGAAUAUGAGUUGUUUGUUACAUCUAUUGUCAUGUGAAACCCUCACAAUAGGGAACUUGUGUGGGACAGGUUUUCAGAUCAGGUGUCACAAUUUGUUGUAUGCAGCAAAGUGGAUUUUGUUUUGCUGACACUAUUAGUAUUCAGGACUGUGGCACCAUUGAUUACCAGGGUCAAGUACCCUUUUCCUUGUUGAAUAUUAAUCAGACACUCAAGGUUCGGCCUUCGUGCCAACUGAAAACCCUGUAUAUGUAAGCUGUGUACUGUAUGAAUGGCAUUGACUAUCAAUUGUUUUUAUUGUUGUACAAAAACAAUGCUGCAAGACAUUACUGGUCAAAUGUACACAACUGGUAGAUAAAAUUGAAACAAAAAAGUACUGAU